GAAUGAAGGAGGAGCUCAUGGACGUGGCGCGAUCCAACAACUUCAUUAUCAAAUACGACAAGUUCGACUGGAACCUUCACCUGACCAAGGCUUGCUCUGAGGCAUCUCGACAGCCACAGAGGUUGAUUGCCAACCACUCCUCCCAUGACAAGCAUGGCCCGUCGGAUGCCAACCCGACCACCCUCGGCGCAAAUCAGGUGUUCACUCCUUCGCUUCACGAGAGCCAGGGUCGCCCCAACAUCUCUGACAAGGUUUAUAAUCAGGCUGGUCGUGCACAGCCUCACCAGGCACCGGGCGGUCGCCCGAUGCAGCAGCAACAGAUGCCUCCUGGACAGAAGGGGCCCAUGUCUCCGGCCAACAUGUACAAAGUUCCAGCUGGUCGAGGUGGCGCGGGCGGAAUGCCUGGGCCUGAUGGCCGCGACGACUCGGGAGGGUUCAUGUGCUGAGCUAGCGUAGCUCCAGUGAGCUUCUCGUCUUGUGCCAAACUAACUGAUUCCGGCUCUAGAGUUCACGUCUUGUUGAAAAGAUAUGAAUCUGAACUAAAUUGCA